AUGAAAAUCCCUAGCUCUGUUGCUGUUGUUGUGCUGCUGUCGUUGGUCCAUCAUGUCCAGUCGGCUAUUACACUGCCGCUCAAGCCGCUUGACAAGAAGAUUGGCUCUAUGAUUAAGCAGUCCACGAAAACAAAGGCUAGUGAACCGGGAAAAAUUACCGUCCCAGUCAAAGAUUGGAUCAAACAUACGGCCGAUCUUCAGUGGUACACGGAAAUCGAGGUUGGAACCCCUCCUCAAAAGUUCAACGUCAUUUUGGACACUGGCUCUUUUGACAUGUUCAUCGCCAACAAGAACUGCACCAGCGCUGGCAACUCGCGCUUGUUUGAUUCCGACAAGUCGAGCACGUUUAAUCAGCAACCCAACCAACCCAGUGGCUUUGGCUACGGCACCGGUGUAGACUCGAUACCUCUCCAGUACAACGGCGAGGGUGUCAGCGGAGUUAUUGUGACGGACAAGGUUGGCAUUGCUGGUCACGCUGUUGAUCAACAGCAGUUCCUCCUCUGUGACCAAUACCCCGAAUUCAUGGCAGACGUUCCCUUUGACGGCGUCAUGGGUAUUGGCGUUCAGGGCGCCACCGACAUGCCCAGUGGCAAGGCCUGGUACUGGGCCCUAUACGCGAGCGGUCAGCUCGACAGCCCCGAAUUCUCUUUGUACUAUCCCGCUGGCAAGGUAGACGGUGCGGAGAUGACUCUAGGCGGCACCAACCCCAACCGCUACAGGGGCGACAUUCACAAGGUGAAGCUCAACCGAGACGCAAACUUUGUCGUUGAUCAGCCAUCGUUGACCAUCAACGGCAAGCCUCUGGCGGCUGCCGCCAACCAGCAAACCAUCCUCGACUCUGGCACAGCAUACUUUGCGGCGCCCAGCAAGAUUGUGUCUGCCUUUUACAAGGCCAUCUCCCCCAAGAUUAAGCAGCUCAACCACGAGGCCUGGGGUGUUGAAUGCGACAUUAUCGAAUCGCUUGCUGUCGAGAUUACCUUUACUUUUGGCUCGGGCGCCGAGACGUUCAAUGCCACCAUGCCCCGGGAGUCUUUCAACCUCGGUCCGUACGAGGGCAAGCCCGGUAUCUGCCAGACAGUCUUUAGCAGCAUCGAUGCACUUGGUGGCAAGUUUCUGGUUGGUGGCCCUCUGCUGAAGCAGUACUACACUGUCUGGGACGGCCACAACAUGGAGAUGGGAUUUGCCGAGCUCAAGAACUAG